AUGUCUAAGAAUGCUAGAAACUUUAUGAUAAAUGAUUCUGUUAAUAUUUUUGAACCAUAUAAUACAAAUGAAGGAUAUGAAAAUAUUACUGAAAUAUGUCAAACACUAGAACCUAAGGUUGCUGCAUUACAACAUUUAGUUGACCACAUUAAUGAGGAGUUUGCUACAAAUAAUCUUCAACAUGUAGAAGCAAUCAUUACGAAUCUGGAUCAUGCUUUUACAAUUUUGUCAAAUAUUAAAAGGGAGAAAAACAAGAAAUCACGAAGAACAACCUGGCGUAGGUCAAAACCUUGGACUAUAUAUUUAAAUAAUACUUAA